AUGGCACCAAGCGCAACCAACAAUGGCCAUCGUGAGACAAACGGGCAUGUUGCCAAGCGGCCCAUCAACAUCGCGGGUUGCUCUGGAGGUGUCUACGAUCGCAAAAGAGCGAUUCAUGACAUGGCAAAGAAUGAAGACGUUGAUGUCAUUACCGGCGAUUGGAUGUCUGAGUGUAAUAUGACUCUCCGCGGCUCCGACAAGCGUGACAGACUCGCCCAGAAAAAGAUGUCUUCUGGCUCGACCGUCGUCGCCAAGGGAUACGAGCCGUACUUUUUGGACGAAUUGGACCCUGCGAUUCCUCAUCUCGCGAGCCGGGGAAUUAAAAUUGCUGUCAACGCCGGAGCAAGUGACGUCCAUGGCCUCGCUUUGGCUGUCAAGGAGCUGAUCAUGAAACACGGCGUCGACCUGAAGGUUGGCGUGGUGGAUGGCGAUGAUGUGACUGACGCUGUCCUGGAUCUGUAUCAAAAGGGUGAAAUACCAUACCUCAUUUCACAUUGCAGCACCUAUGCCACAGGCGGCUACUACUCUGGUUUCAAGGACCUGGAGGGCAAGGACACGGAUAUGGGAUAUCCCAUCGCUGCCAUCGACGAAAAAGGAGAGGCCAUUAUCACCAUGGAGAAAGGCAAACAUGGUCUGGUCAAUACGCAGACUGUCGCUAGUCAGCUCCUGUACGAGAUUCAGGGACCUUUGUAUUACAACUCGGAUGUUACAGCCUCCAUCGAAGACAUGUAUCUCCAGGAAAUCGGCGAGAAUGCCGUGCACGUCUCAGGCGUGAAGGGUUUACCACCUCCUUCUACGACGAAAGUCGGUAUCACAGCCAAGGGCGGCUGGCAAGCCGAGUUUCACUUCUACCUAACGGGACUUGAUAUUGCUGAGAAAGCCGCAAUGGUUGAGCGCCAGACUAGGGCACUCAUGGGUCACCAUAUCAAGCGCUUCUCCUGCUUAAAAUUCAUGGUGGCCGGAAAUGUCCCCUCUGAUCCGCAAUCCCAGGAAGAAGCCACUGUCGAUAUGCGAAUUUUCGCCCAGACGCGCGACCCGGAUCUGCUUUCGGGAAAUAACUUUGUCGAUUCGGAUCGUGGCUCCUUCGCGCGAUUUUGUAUCGAGAACCUUCUUCAGGGUUAUCCGGGUAGCACAAUGGCGCCAGACAUGCGCACAGCCAUCGGAAGGCCAUUUUUUGAAUACUGGGUCAGCCUGCUGCCACAAAGUUUCGUGAAUGAGACGGUGCAUCUGCCAGACGGUAGGGUCCUGGACAUUCCGUCACCGGUGGUGACGAGAGAGUAUGCCCGCGAGCAGCCCAGUUACGAGACCGAGUCCCCUGCCAACCUCGAGGAUUUUGGGCCGACUACAAGGGGCCCCAUCGGCUGGGUGGCCAUGGGACGUUCUGGCGACAAGAGUUCCAAUUGCAACCUGGGCCUAUUUGUUCGCCACGACGACGAAUGGAAUUGGCUGAGGACCAUCAUGACCACUAAACAGUUGAGAAGUAUGUUGGGUAAGGAUGAUGUUGGAAACCAGAUCGAUCGAUGUGAGUUCCCUAACAUUCGAGCGGUUCACUUCUUGUUGAAGGAUCAUCUGGACCGUGGUUUCAACUCCACCAGCAGCUUUGACAGCCUAGGGAAGAACCUGUGCGAAUAUAUUCGGGCGAAGCAUGUAGACAUUCCGAACACGUUCUUGGAGCGAGGAAGGAUUUAG